AUGGUUAUCAGCACUUACCUCAAACUCGAGUGGGAAGGCCCUAUUAUGAAAGAUGGCAAGCCCACCGAAACAAUUAAGAUGCAGACUGGCCAAAUCAACUUGACCGUGUACGAUGACGUUACCCCUAUGACGGCCGAGAACUUCCGUGCUCUCUGCACCGGCGAGAAGGGCUUCGGGUACAAGGGUUCCUACCUACACCGCAUCAUCCCGGGCUUUCUAUUGCAGGGCGGAGAUUUCACCCGUGGCAAUGGCACAGGCGGGAAAUCCAUCUAUGGGCCUAAGUUCAAGGACGAGAACUUUACUCUGAAGCACCACAAGCCUGGCAUGCUGACCAUGGCCAAUGCCGGGCCUCACACAAACGGAUCCCAGUUUGUCAUCACCACGGCUGAAACUUCUUGGCUCGACGGCCGGCACGUCGUGUUCGGUGAGGUUGCUGAUGAGGAGUCAAUGGCUGUUGUCAGGGCUAUUGAGGCGACCGGCUCCGAGAGUGGUACUGUCCAGUACAGCAAGAGGCCCCUGAUUGUCGCGUGCGGUCAGUCGUGA